UCGUGGCACACCCAGACUUGAGCUUGAGGGUCUCCGAAGUGUUGUGGCGGUAUAGAGGCGCUCUCGCGCGUCUGCUCAAAUAUGGCACGAGCAUUGACAUCAAACUCAAAGCGUGCGACUCUGGAACCACCGAGGUCGAUACCAGGUGCGAUGGGCCGGCGAUGGAUAGUAUUCGCGACCCAGCCAUGCCUUUCCAUACUGUCGAGAUGCAGCACAACCACGAGGUGUGUUGGGGAACGAUUUGGCAUAGUGGGCGACUACGUAUCCAUGGCGAGUCGUACUCGUUCCACGCUCCUGGGAUAGACGGAAUGGAGGUCGAAGCGGUGGCAAGAUCUUUGUUGACGACUCUGUUCCUUGUCGCGCCCUAUGACAAGAUCAAUACCUCAGUGCACGGUAAACGCCUCUACGAGAUCAUGAAGCUUGCGCAACAUCUCCCAGUCACGGAUCCACUCCUAGAGUUCAACUCACAUACCGCAGCAAUCGUACAUCCACUCCUUCAUCUCCACGACGCGGUGCUCGCAUGUGCACGGCCAGUUGCCCCGAUAGGUCUACGCAAGCGGCUCCUGCGGCUGUUUGGAGUCGGACGAAAUGGGGGGAUACCAAACUGGCUUUCGGUAGAGCAGGAAGAUCUCUUGGAUCAGCCACUUGCAAGGAUUGUAAAUGAAUUGCAGGCACAAUCACCAUAUGGAUACAUUCCAAGACAUGCCAAUGAUGUCUUUGAAACGGAGAGGCUACUCACCCUCCAUUUGAGAUUGCCGCAUACCGUUGUAUGCGAUAUCUUGGAUUAUGCGGAGUAUUGGGUCCGGGCGGUCGGCAAAGCAGGGACUCACAACGCACAACACAUUUCAGUGCCACAUCCCGAUUACAGCCCACACGUGGUCUGCUACUAGUACGCCAGUGCACGGAUUCCGGAGUCUGCGAAAGCGCACAGACCGGUACGUAGAAUCGUAAUCACUCUCGAGUCACGCACAAUCGUCCCGUCGUCACCCGGGUCCAUGG